UAACUAUAUAAACCCGCGCCAUCGGCUCAAUCUACAUCACACAUCGAUUGUGCAUUUACCAAUCCACUUAACUCAAAAACCAUGAAAUUCUUGAUCUGUGUUGUUGCCGUCUUGGCCGUCGCCUCCGCCGGUGAGGAAAAGAAAGAAAAACGUGGCCUUUUGGGAUUGGGCUAUGGAGGUUUGGGAUACAGCGGAUUGGGCUACGGCGGAUUGGGCCAUGGAGGAUUGGGCUACAGUGGAUUGGGCUACGGAUAUGGAUCUCUUGACCACGGUGUGGCUUACUCUGCUCCCUUGAGCCUGGGACACUCUCUGCCCUACUCCUCCGGAAUCGCUGUUCACUCUGCUCCCAUCGUCUCUGCCCCCCUCGUUACCAAAUCGGUGGUUUCCGCCCCCGUUGUGACCAAGAGCAUCGUCUCUUCUCCCAUCAUCGCUAAAUCGUACGCCGCUCCCAUCGUCUCCGCCCCACUUGUCACCAAGUCCAUCGCCGCUCCCGUCUUCGCUCACUCUGCCCCCAUCAUCUCCGCCCCCGUAGUCACCAAGUCGAUCGCCGCUCCCAUUGCUGUCGGAUACGGCGGACAUGGAUUGGGUUACGGAGGUCAUGGAUUAGGUUACAGCGGUUUGGGAUUGGGAUACAGCGGCUUGAGCUUGGGACAUGGUUUGUCCUACGGAUUGCAUUAAGCUCCGAAAGCUUUAAUUUUUUAAUACAUGUUUUUGUAUUGUACAUAUUGUAUGAUCGAUGUUGGAUUAAAAUAUAGUUUUUAUACCAA